AAAUUAUUUCAUUCAUCCCUCUGAUCCAGGCUGAAGGCCGCGCUGGAGCAGAUGGACCGCGGUGUGGUGGACCUGCAGGACCUCCGCAGGAACCUGGAGCUGGCCGCCGCCAUGCUGGACGCAGUUUACACGGAUGAGACCAGGCGCCUGUUGGACACGGAGGAUGAGCUCAGCGACCUGCAGGCGGAGUCUGUGCCCAGCGAGGUGCGUGAUUGGCUGGCGUGCACCUUCAGCAGGAGGAUGGGCGUGGCCAAACGCCGCCCCGAGGAGAAGCCGAGAUUCAGGAGCAUCGUUCAUGCGGUGCAAGCUGGGAUCUUUGUGGAAAGGAUGUACAGACGGACCUCCAACAUGGCGGGUCUCACCUACCCCCCCACAGCUCUCACCGCUCUGAAGGAGGUGGAUCAGUGGUCCUUUGAUGUUUUUGCCUUCCAUGAGGCCACUGGAGAACACGCCCUCAAGUUCCUGGUCUACGACCUGCUGACCCGCUAUGACCUCAUCAACAGGUUCAGGAUCCCUGUGCAGGCUCUGGUGCAGUUUGUUGAAGCUCUGGAGAACGGCUACAGCAAACACAGGAACCCUUACCACAACCUGAUCCACGCCGCUGAUGUCACCCAGACCGCCCACUUCCUGAUGCUGCACACCGGACUCAUGCACUGGCUCAGCGAGCUGGAGAUCCUGGCCAUGGUUUUUGCUGCAGCCAUCCAUGACUUUGAACACACUGGAACCACCAACAACUUCCACAUCCACACCAGGUCGGAGGUGGCCAUUCUCUACAACGACAGGUCGGUGCUGGAGAACCACCACGUCAGCGCCGCCUACAAACUGAUGGCCGAGGAGGACAUGAACAUCCUGAUCAACCUGAACAAGGAGGACUGGAGGGAGCUGAGGGCUCUGGUGAUCGAGAUGGUGAUGUCCACCGACAUGUCCUGCCACUUUCAGCAGAUCAAGACUAUGAGGAACGCCCUGACGCAGACAAACGGGAUAGACAAAGUGAAGGUUUUAUCUCUGAUGCUCCACGCAGCAGACAUCAGUCAUCCUGCCAAAGCCUGGCCGCUGCACUACCACUGGACUCACAGCCUGAUGGAGGAGUUCUUCAGACAGGGAGAUAAAGAGGUGGAACUCGGCCUUCCUUUCUCUCCCCUCUGCGACCGUAAAGCCACCAUGAUCGCCCAGUCACAGAUUGGUUUCAUUGACUUCAUCGUAGAGCCGACGUUCACCGUCCUCAUCGAAACAACAGAGAAGGUGAUUGGACCUCUGAUAGAAGAGGACAGGAAGGCCAGAGAGACCGGAGCCAGAAGGUCCAGCCUGACAGGAAGUGGCUCAGUCACUGUGGAGUCCGUACAGAGACACAGCAGCAAUCGCCAUGGAAACAGUGAGGAUGGACAGAUUAAUUUUUCAUUGACGGCGAUCGACCUGCCAGCUCUGAGGCAGCACCUCUCCGGUGUCAUCACCAGCAACAAGGACCGCUGGAAGGAGCUGUCAGUUCACGAGCUGGCCAAGAAGGAGAAGGAAGAGACCGAGGCAAGAGAAGAAGAAGAUGGCGGGUCUCAGGCAUCACCGGGCGCCACAGAGGGACAGAACCCGGAUCCGUCACAGAACUCAGACCAUCGACCAUCGACUGGAAGUGAAGAUGAGAAAUCCUGUGAGCUGACGGCAGCUGAUCACCUGACCUGGAACGGAGCGGAUGAUGAAGAGAAGGAUGACGAAGUGCCUGAAAACGCCUGACAACCACUAAAUCCUCCGUUUAUCUGAUCACCAUGGCAACAGGCAGCUCCGUGCAGUAACUUCUAGGGUUUAGACUCUUCUUUGUCAAAACGCUGCAGCUGACUUGGUGGCCCCAGGGGCCCCCAGGGGCCCCCAGAUUAUUUGUUUACAGUGAGUGUGGAUCAAUCCUUUCAUCAGAUCAUGGUGGUUUUAGCAGCUAGGACCUUUCUAAGGUGCUGUGGAGGUUCCAUGAUGCAGGUGACAUGAACAGGUGUGUAGAUGAUCAGAACCCUGCACUCAUCACAGCGGCUGCUCUGCUCUCUGCUCCAGCUUCCAGUUCUCCACCAGUCAGCUAACUGGUUUGAACCGGUGGCCAUCAAAUGAAAAAAGUCGUUGUUAAUAUGCUGAUGUCAGUAAACGUUCAAACAUCUUGGAUUUGUUUGAUUUACUCUGCAGCUCCGUCCUCCAUCCUACUUCCAGGGUUCCGGUUCCAUACGGCGCAGGAACCUUGGUUCUCCAGUGGUUCUGGUUCCAUACUGGGCAGGAACCUUGGUUCUCCAGUGGUUCUGGUUCCAUACUGGGCAGGAACCUUGGUUCUCCAGUGGUUCUGGUUCCAUACUGGGCAGGAACCUUGGUUCUCCAGUGGUUCUGAUUCCAUACUGGGCAGGAACCUUGGUUCUCCAGUGGUUCUGGUUCCAUACUGGGCAGGAACCUUGGUUCUCCAGUGGUUCUGGUUCCGUACGACGCAGGAACUUUGGUUCUCCAAUGGUUCUGGUUCCAUACUGGGCAGGAACCUUGGUUCUCCAAUGGUUCUGGUUCCAUACUGGGCAGGAACCUUGGUUCUUCAGUGGUUCUGGUUCAGGAUGUGUUUUAUUGGCCUGGUUCUUUCUGCUCCCUGCAUGUUCAGCUUGGCUGCUGUGUUUCAUGUUUCAGUUUUUACUAAAACUUCACCUGUUGGUUUAAAAUGAGCAGAAAGCAGCAGAUGUUUAACAUCUGGCUCAUUACAUGGAGUCUUUCUGGUUGUUGUAGUUCUAGACACGGUCACUGGGCAAUGUUUCUAGAAUAUAGAUAUUAAAAAGGAUAAUUUCAGCUGCAGGUUAACCAGAGUUUGAUCUGUGAUCAGAGCUCCUUCUUGCAUCAAGGGAAGGCAUCACGAGUCUGUGGCCAAUCACUUCCUUUCUAUUGUCUCACUCUAGAGUUGAAAUUCAGGGAAAUAAAAAUGGGGAAACUGCUGUUGUUGAAAAAAAAAAGAUAUUGCGAUCCAGUGUUUCUGUCAGAAUUCGUUAGUGGAUAGUUGACCCAAAGCAGAGGCAGGAAGGCAGAGGUGAAUUUCUCAAGUUGAUUUAAUGAUGAAUAAAAAAAAACCAACUGAAAAUAGAGGCAGGUUAUCCAAAAAUCCAAAGUGAAAACCAAACUCCAAAUAAA